CGAGUUUCCCCAAAAGCAGCCUGACAAUGGCAGAUUUGGGUUGCGCUUCAGGGCCCAACACCCUUCUCCUCGUGUCGGAGGUAAUCAAGGUCGUCCACAAGCUUUCCACGGAACUAGGGCAGGAAUGCCCUGAGCUUCAUAUAUUCCUAAACGUCCUCCCUGGAAACGACUUCAAUCAUGUCUUCACCUCCAUUCAAAGAUUCAAGGAAAACAUGAAGAAAGAAAUGGGAGCCCAGGCUUUCAUCGUCGGAGUUCCAGGUUCUUUCUACGACAGGCUAUUUUCGACUGAUAGCCUUCACUUCAUCCACUCUUCCUACAGUCUUCACUGGCGCUCUCAGGUUCCUGAAGGUCUUGAGGAGAAGAAGGGAAAUAUUUACCUGGCAGUAGCAGUCCUCCAUGUGUGUUGGAAGCCUAUUACAAACAAUUCCAGACGGACUUUUAAUCCUUCUUGAAGUUUAGGGCUCAGGAAUUGGUUACCGGAGGUCGAAUGGUAUUGACACUCCCUGGAAGGAGAGGUGAAGAAUCUUCUGAGAGAGAGUGUUGCUACAUUUGGGGACUUAUGUCGAUAGCUCUCAACCAAAUGGCUUCUGAGGGAUUGAUUGAUCAACAAAAACUGGAUUCCUUCAACCUCCCAAUGUACAUGCCAUCCGCCAUGGAAGUGGAAGCCGAGGUCCAGAAACAGGGCUCCUUCGCCAUUGAACGCCUAGAGGUAUGGGAUAUGAAUUGGGACGCC